CAGCAGGGAUAUCUCAAACCCAACUUGUACUCUUCGGAAUCUGCAAGUUUGGGUUUAGAUAACCUCUUCUCUGGGCUUCUGUUACCCUGUAUCGACUGCCCACCCUAUAAGAAAGCAGAGGGAGGUACAGCCGUGGCUGAAGUUGCCUGCUGACUCAUGCAGUUGCAGCCAGCGGGAACUGGGAGCAUGGCUUCUGCAGUCGCAGCAGCACUAGUGAGCUGGGGGUUUCUGGAUUACAAGACAGAGAAAUAUGUGAUGACCAGGAACUGCUGGGUGGGCAUCUCCCAGAGGCUGCUGCAGCUCGGAGUGGUAGUCUACGUGAUUGGGUGGGCCCUCUUGGCCAAAAAAGGCUACCAGGAAUGGGACAUGGACCCCCAGAUUUCUGUCAUCACCAAACUCAAGGGGGUUUCUGUAACCCAGGUUAAGGAACUGGAGAAACGGCUGUGGGAUGUGGCUGACUUCGUGAGGCCAUCACAGGGAGAGAAUGUGUUCUUCCUGGUAACCAACUUCCUUGUGACACCAGCUCAAGUCCAGGGCAGAUGCCCAGAGACCCAGGCUGCCUGGGAGGAAGCUGGGGCUCUUGUCUUUGUAGCCUGUGAAGCUGAGUCACAAAGAAGAGACACCAUCCGUGCUGUUGGUGAUGAAAGUCUCUCUUGCCUACCUCAGCAUCCUUCUGUUCCUCUGGCUAACUGCUGGGCUGAUGAGGACUGUCCUGAAGGGGAGAUGGGGACAUACAGCCACGGCAUAAAGACUGGUCAGUGUGUGGCGUUCAACGGAACCCACAGGACCUGUGAGAUCUGGAGCUGGUGCCCAGUGGAGAGUAGUGCUGUGCCCAGGAAACCCCUGCUAGCUCAGGCCAAGAACUUCACGCUCUUCAUCAAAAAUACUGUAACCUUCAACAAGUUCAACUUCUCCAGAACCAAUGCCUUAGAUACCUGGGACAACACCUAUUUCAAGUACUGUCUCUACGAUUCACUCUCCAGUCCGUACUGCCCAGUGUUCCGCAUCGGGGACCUUGUGGCUAUGACUGGAGGGGACUUUGAGGACCUUGCAUUGCUGGGUGGUGCUGUGGGCAUCAACAUCCACUGGGAUUGCAACCUGGACACGAAAGGCUCUGACUGCUCUCCCCAGUACUCCUUCCAGCUGCAGGAGAGGGGGUACAAUUUCAGGACAGCUAAUUACUGGUGGGCAGCCUCAGGCGUGGAGUCCCGGAGCCUGCUCAAACUCUAUGGGAUCCGCUUUGACAUUCUUGUCACUGGGCAGGCAGGAAAGUUUGCACUCAUCCCUACGGCCAUCACAGUGGGCACAGGAGCAGCUUGGCUGGGCAUGGUCACCUUCCUCUGUGAUCUGCUGCUACUGUACGUGGAUAGAGAGGCCGGUUUCUACUGGAGGACCAAGUAUGAAGAGGCAAGAGCCCCAAAGGCAACUACCAACAGUGCAUAGACAGAGCCGGCUUUCUCACCUGCUAACCCUGCUGCCCAGGUGUCUCAGGAGUGGUUUGCACCUGCCCCACGUCUGCUGAUGCCGGGAUCCAAGCAUUCAUGCACCAGUGGCCUGUCUGGAUGGUGUCAGCCUAUCCAUUCCUGAGGCAUACACCCUCUCCCUGCUAGUUAAAGUUAGGGCUUGGGAACAUCGAGGACAAAGCCCCACAGGACUGGAGAGGGGGUUGGGGUAAUUCCACCAGACUCUGCAUGCAAACUCCCUCCUAGGUUCACCCAGAGAGAGAGAGAGAGAGAGAGAGAGAGAGAGAGAGAGAGAGAGCGCAAUGCGGUUGAAUGAAUGGUGGCUGGUAUCCUUGGAACUCUCUUUAUGUCUGCUGGGGCACUCUGCCAUCUAGUUCAAGGCCCCUGGUCCUGGCUACCAGGUUUCUCGGGAGCCUAAGGAAUGAGAGAAGCUGCAUGUCUAGGAUUUCCUGUUAUCAAAUCAGUCCUGGCAACCUCAACCUAUUCUGAAGCACCUGCCUGCCAGAGGCCCUGACUCUGGCCCCAGUCAGAGUGCCAUAGUUUUGAGGUAUGGUCUCAUGAAGGGCACUGGGGUUCCUUAGGACUGGCUGGUUCUGUAACUAUCCUUCCUUGAUUCUUCCCUUAGUAAGACUUUCCCCAUGAACCAUAGAAAGAAGGGCAAGGACAGGCUACAUAAACUUUCCUGGUCCAAGUGUGGGGUGGUGUAGAAAGUGCAUCCCGGGAAGUGAAGAGGCAGUUUGGCUGUGGAUGUGCAGUCACGGAGGGAAUACCAAGGCUAGGGUGAAAGCAACAGUCACAGCUGGGACCUCCAGGCUUCCACGGCCUCCAAAACCCUUUAGAAUUCCUGGUGCCACUCAGCCCUCAAGGCUGUAGCCUGAAAAGGGCUAGAGUGCAGAGGCGGGGGUCCCGGAGGUGGCUCACAUGGACACAGUAGUUCUGGGGGUAGGGGAACCAAAGAACCUGAUAUUCCUGCUGAAGUAAAGCUUGCCAAAGCAA